AUGGCACUUCAUAACUAUAUAAGAAGACAUGCCAAACGUGAUUGUCAUUUUGAUGAAAGUGAAGAUGACCUAAAUAGUAUUCAAGGUGAAGAAAUUGAGAUAGAGGUUGAUGCACAACAAGAAGAUGGUCCUGCAACACAAGAAAUGGAGGCAUUGAGAAAUCAUAUAGCCGCAAGUUUAAUGAGUUCAUCUACAUAG